ACCACAUCUUACCUACCAAGUCUUUCUUUACCUUUACACCUCACAACCCGCACUCUACAAUGCAGAUCCUCUCUAUCCAAAAGCGUAUCAUCUCAAAGUGCCAGCGCCGCCAAUCCUCAACUACCAACACAGCUAGCCGUGUCUCCACAUUCACAUCAUCAAUGGGACAAUGUAUCAAAGGCCUCGCUUCAGUCAAGAAAGCUUUUAGCUGUAACAAAGUCCAAAACACAGUCGCACCUUCUUUGAUCUCAUCUUCAUCGACGAUCUCUAAUGACUCCUAUCUUUCUGACCUUUCUGAUGACGAGCACUUUUCAAAAUAUUGCCCAGUAUCCGAAAAAUCUAUGGCCCUGGAUUCACUUAUCUUUGAUCAUCCUUCAGUCACAGUCCGCAUUAGUCCAGCUGCCUAUCGCUCAUCUUAAAUCGAUUUUGAUUUCAACACCCUGUAUAUACACACUGUAAAACACAAAAAAAAGUGUAUAAUAGUCAAGUUCAUCAAACAAAAACAUUUCAUUUUCCUUGUACAUAAAUCCUUAUAGAAAAAGACUAUCACAAAAUAUCAAACUCUCUAGAGAAAAACUCUUAAAAUAAAAUAUAAUAAAAAGAGAGCCACAAACAAUUUUGCAGUGGUUCUUUUUGUUUCAAAUACCAAUAAAUACAUUU